UGCUCGCGCAAAGACAUCUGGGAUUGUGGAGGACUGGCUCGAGCGCUUUGAUUUCCGCAGUGCAGCGUGGGAUAGUGGAAGAAGUCAGCGAAACGGUCGUAGAGAAAUGGAUGUCUUUUUGAUGAUCAGACGUCACAAGACAACCAUCUUCACAGAUGCUAAGGAGUCUACCACGGUCUACGAGCUGAAGCGGAUUGUGGAGGGCAUCCUAAAGCGAGCGCCAGAGGAUCAGAGACUUUAUAAGGAUGACAUGCUGCUAGAAGAUAGUAAGACUCUUGGAGACUGUGGGUUCACAAACCAGACAGCCAGGCCUCAGGCUCCGGCCACAGUAGGACUGGCUUUUCGCAUCAGUGAUGAUGCUUUUGAGCCUCUAAGAAUAGAGGCCUUCUCCAGCCCUCCUGAGCUUCCCGAUGUCAUGAAGCCUCAAGACUCGGGCAGCACUGCCAACGAACAAGCCGUGCAGUGAAGGGGAGGAACUGACGAUAAAGGGUUGAGGGGAGGGUGGGGGGGCGAGACAGCGGGGGUAAAGAAUGUCCAAAACAGCGGACAAGCAAAACACGUGCGUUUUAAGAUGUGAUCUUGUGUGAUAUUGCAACUUUGCUGAGAAUUUGAAUCGCUCUCCCUGUUACUCCUCACGUCCCAUCAAGCACUAGCAGCUUACUCUCACUGUAUUGUCGCAAACCCUUCCAAUGUUCAGUGUCUGCUCAUCUACAGGUUAAUCCACCAAUCACAACGUCCCAUUUGGCGCAGGCACAUUUUCAUUUGGUAAUGUUUCCCUUGAUUUCUGGAUGAAUUGCUCGUUUGUCAGACAGCUGUUAGUCACCUGUCAGAGGUGGUUAGAUAUCGGAGUAUUUAAACCCGUGCUUCUUAUUUAAUUCACGCAAAUGUUAUGUUUGGAGAGUUAAACGUUUUGUGCUUGUUGUGUGUUUCAAUCUGAUAGGGGCGGGGCGGGUUUGUGUUUGUGGCUGUAAGGUUUUACAAAUGCCCACUUUACUGAUCGCAUUUACAGUACGCUGUUGUGUGUUAAUGAGUAUUGAUAUUAUAAUUAUUCUUAUUUAGAUCCUGCAUAAUUUUAUUGGGGUGCAAAAGGCCGUAGGCUGAACCGUUUUACGUUACCGACUUAAUAUAGUGUAAAUGCACAUGGAACUUACUGAACAUCAGAGUGGGCAUGGAUGCCUGCAAAUGAAUACACAGCACAUGGUUGAGGUGAAUUCUGACAUACAGUGGUUUCAUUGUAAAUACAUUUUUCCACUCGCAUUGUUGCUUCCUGAAGUGUGUUUUGCUUUUCUUUACAAUCCUUUUGUUGGAGGAGUGUAGUGGUGUCCGCUUGUUUCUUUUAGAAUAUUUGUUUGGAAGCUUAAGUAUUGACAUUUAAUUCCCUGAUUUUGUAUAUAAAUCAAAGGGGAGUGUAAAUGCUAGUCCGUUUUUUUUCUUUUUUUGUGUGUGUGUGUGUGUGUGUGUGUGGCAUUUAAAAAUAGUGGUAAGAAUAAAGUAAAGAUCAAUAAGAAAGAAGCCUUUGGGCGCAGUUGCUUGAACAAGUGAAUGUUUAACUUUAACACAAAUGCUGACGUUGUGUUCAUCCCAAAAAACGGAUCCUAAUGUUUUUGCGAACUCCCCCUGAUUCUUCUCACUGAUGGCAGUGUUCCUUCACAGUGCUCUUGGAAAAACAAACAAACAAAAGAGUUAAAACCUUAAAAGAAAAUCAUGCUGCAGUAUCUGUAACUGCGUUUAAAUUAAUUAAAAUCAGCCCUUUUCCACUCCU